UAACAGCAGCUGAAAUCCCGACGACCGCAACUUCAAACUUGCCGUUCACAAGUGACUCGGCACUACGGCGACCCCUCCAUCUAUUGCACAAGAACCCUCAUCGACCAACCUUCACGCCGUGCCGCCCACUUCAACAUCUAAUCCGCCAUCAAAUCUUGAGGUAACUUUUCGGGAUUGUUCUUCCAUCCAAGUGCAGCAUAGAGCAGCAGUGUUCAGUCAAAGCAUUCAAAAGCAAUCAUGGAUGUCGAUGCGCAACCAACAAUGGAGGAAACUAUUUUAGUUGGUGAUGACCUCAUGAUGGGGCCACCAUCUCCAAUAAUUCCGCCAGAAAUUGCCUCAUAUGUGCUCAAGGAUGUUGAUCUAUGUGACGGAAUUCUGAGGAAUUUAUUCUUGUGCUUGCAAAUCAAUGACAUUGAACCUUUCUGCCAGGAUGAGAUAGUUCUCUAUCGAGAAUGUGCAGAGAGAAGGGAUAAAGUACUAAGGCAACGACUUCAAGAUAGUGAGCUGAAAUUGGGGUCAUCGAUGCCAUUAGAAGAGGCAAAUGCAAGAGCUACUCAACUUGAAUCUGAAGUUACUUCAUUGGAGAGACGAUUAAUUCUGGCAAGCGGAGUCGGUGGAAUGGAUGGAUUUCGUCAGAGAUGGAGUUUGCAUGGUCGCCUUACAGAUUCAAAGAAGAGAUUAGAAGCAUUAAAAGAUGGCAUCACAAAUAGAAAGAAGGAUGAUGAACAACCCCAUGUUGCAUCUCCAACUACAACCACCAAAAGAUGGUGGUUUUGGUAAAUUCUUGUUGUUGGAUCAACUUCUGAUUCAUUAAAAUGAAAAAAAAAGGGUGUUGGGAAGUACAAUGUCUCAUUAGAUGGAAUUGAAAUUCUUUCUUUUUUAAGAAAAGAAUUGAAACUCAAUAAAUAAUAUUGAUUUAAUUUUA